CCAAUUACCAAAGGUGCAGAGGCCAGGAGAGAAAGAAAUGGACACAGAUGGGUCAGUUUCUCUCAUCCCAAAGCAGAGGCCGUCCAUGUGGAUGACAGUCUGUGCGACGCUCAUCGCUGCUUGUGGCUCAUUCGAGAAUGGCGCAUGUAGUGGAUAUUCCUCGCCAACUGAAUCGGCCAUCAUCAGCGAUCUCGGCCUCACUACCUCACAGUACUCUGUUUUUGGCUCUCUGCUGACGGUUGGUGCGAUGAUUGGUGCCUUAGGAACCGGACCUUUAGCGGAUUAUGUUGGCCGGAAAUGGACAAUGAGAAUUUCUUCUGGUGUGUGCGUGGCUGGAUGGAUCUCCAUUAUGCUGUCACAGCAUGCUUGGUCGCUAGACGUCGGCCGAUUCUGCACCGGCGUUGGGAUUGGGAUAUUCUCUUAUGUGGUGCCCGUGUACAUGGCCGAGAUCGCACCCCAGGAGUUGAGGGGAAGGCUUAUGAUAUCUUAUCAGCUAAUGGUAGCACUUGGAAUGACAAUGGCGUACCUGCUGGGAAUAGUUGUUACAUGGCGCGCAUUAACGCUCCUAGGGAUAUUUCCGUGUCUGGUUCAACUAAUAGGACUGUUCUUCGUUCCGGAGUCGCCCCGGUGGCUGGCAAAGAUUGGUCGUAUAAAGGAGUUUGAAGUAGCAUUGGAGAGAUUUAGAGGGAAAGAUGCCGAUAUUCAUGAAGAAGCAAUGGAGAUUCUGGAUAGUAUCGCGAGUUCAGCCAUCGUUCCACAAGCGAAGAUACAGGAUCUGUUUCAAAGGCAGUACACACGUCCAGUCAUUGUAGGAGUUGGCUUGAUGGCACUUGCAAGUCUAAAUGGAGCUUCUGCCAUUCUGUACUAUGCGAGUGACAUUUUUGAAUCUGCAGGAUUCUCUUCUGGAGAUCUUGGAACCAUAGUGCUAGCUGCCAUUCAGGUUCCUUUUUCCAUACUGGUCGGACUCUUGUUAGAUGGAAUAGGAAGGAAACCGCUGAUUCUAUUGGGUGCUGCUGGGACAUGCUUGGGUUGCUUCUUGACCGGCGCUUCUUUUCUUUUGAAGGAGUAUGAAGGGGCCAGCACAUUGGUUCUAGCCAUGAACCUGACAGGCAUAACGAUCUACGUUGCAUGCUUUGUGGUGGGGAUGUCUGGAUUGCCAGUGGUUGUCACAUUUGAGAUAUUUGAUUUAAAGAUAAAGGCUAUUGCUGGAGGAAUUGCAAGUUCGGUCUUUUGGCUUGCUUCUUGGCUCGUUUCCUAUACUUACAGCUACCUAGAAAGUUGGAGUGCUGCAGGGACCUUUUUCAUAUACUCUGGAGUAUGUGCAGUGACAUUCUUGUUCGUAAUUAAGUUGGUUCCAGAAACCAAAGGAAGAACUCUUGAAGUGAUUCAUGUGUCCAUGAGUUCAAAUGCGUCACAUGCCUUAAACAAUGCCGUUAAAUAGAAUUUGUGUGCCAACAAAAAAAAC